UCGAUUAAGUUAAGAAUUUCUUAUACAAUAACACUAAAUUAUCCAAACAAAUUAAUGAUCACCGUAAAAAUUCCACAGUAUUUCUACUGAUUGUUAUAUUAGUUUUAUCUUUUAUUUCCCUAAAUUGUCAAAGAGAGGCUCAAACUUUUAUUUCUUUUUUAAUUUUUGUGAUAAUUAUCUAAUACCUCAACUUUUUUCUAUAAAAAUACGUAUUUUCAGCAUUGUGCAAUAUAUUUUUUCCCUUCUCAUUGAGGUUAUAAUAUGAAUUCACUAUGGACAAUUGUAAAAAUAAACUACAACAAUUUUCUCCAAAUAAUUAUUCCCCUUUCUCUAUUGAGUUUGGGGAUGACUCUCUUGGAAAGACUUUGGAUGAACGUAUACAAGCAGCCAAAGAAGCAGCAUCAAAUGGAAAACUUAAUCAAAAACAUAACUCCAAUAAUAAAUUUAUGAUGUAUAAUAAAGUGAUGUAUAAUAAUGACUCACUAGAAACAAAAAAAAAACUAGAACAACAUUCUAAAACAAAAAAUGAGCAAGUUCCUCAAUCAUUUGAUUUUACUAAUUAUUCAAACUUACAUGUAAAAUUAAAUUCUGUUAUAACAUCAAAAAUAUCUGCCAGAGAAAAUGGAAUUAUGCAACGUAGGUUAGAAGCAGUUAAAGCUAAAAAAUUAUCAAAUAUAUUUUCUUCUGAGUAUGAUAAUAUAGCUGACUUGUCAAUUAAUUCUCAUACAUCAAAAUAUCCAAGUUCAAUUAACCAAUCAAGUAUAAAAUUUAAAAAUGUUAUAAAAAAUAACACAUCUACAUCAUUUGUUCCAAAAGAACUCUCUACUAAAGUUUUUGUUGAAAAAAUUUCAUCUAAGCAAGAUUUAUGUAGUAUAAAAAAUAAACAUUGUAAUCGUAUAAAACAAUCAUGUGCAAUUCCAGCUUCUUCCGUUCAAAAUAGACUCACUAAAGCAAGAAAUGAAAUAUAUGCCAAAUCAAAACAACAAACAAGUUUAACUGAAACAAAAUUUCUUAGUAAACUUAAUGCUUCUAAAAUAAAAACCAUUGACUAUUCUGCAACAACAACUUCUACAGAAAAUAAACAAAAAGAUAAUUCAGUGCACACUAUGAACAAAAAUAAAAGAAAAAGAUUGAACGACACUCCUCAGAUCCCACUUUAUUCCAAAAUUAAACCAAAUUCCAUCAUUUCCAAUGUUAAAAAAACAAAUUCUUAUAAACAUAAUAUUUCUAAUACAAUUGAUAAACAGUUCAUUAAUAUUCAGGAAAAAACAGCACAGUGUGUAAACACGCAGAUCCCUAAAAAAUUAGAAACUUGUGUGUCAAAGCUACCACUAAAUAAAUCUGAAUCAAUUUCAAAGACACCUCAAAAUGAAUCAAAUAAUUUUAGUUUUAAUGUAUUGGGACAAUUUUCUGCCCAACAAAGGUUAGAAAAUAUAAGAAAAGGUUUAAAUCCAAGGUUAAAAAAUUCCAAAUUGUGUAGUGGAAGUACAAGUUUUCAACAAAACAAUAUCGAAUCUGAUGAUGGAAUGGAGUGGGAAGAUAUAGAAACUGAUAAUAUUAUUGAAACUGUUAAUGAUUUAAGAAAAACUACUCAGAAUUUUGAACCUAUGGAAUGUACUCCUGAUUCAAUUAUGCACAGUGAUAAAAUAAAUUGUUGUUUAGUUAUUGAUACUAAUAUUCUGUUGUCUAAUUUAAAGUCAUGUAUGGAUAUUAUUGAUUAUUAUUCAAUAGAAUUUGGGUAUAUAACAAUUGUUCUUCCUUGGCAAGUUCUUCAUGAACUUGAUCGUUUGAAAACCAAUGAUAAUGCCUUAGGAUAUCGUGCAAGAGAAGCUACUCGGUGGUUAUUAGAAAUGCUUUCUAAAAAUCAUCCACAGCUUAAAGGACAACCAAUGACAAAUAAAAAAGAUGUGACUGCUGAUGAUGCUAUUUUGAAAUGUGCUUUAAUAAUUAGAGACAGAGUAAAUGUGGUGUUUCUCAUUACUGAUGACAAAAUUUUAAGUGUUAAAUCAGAAAUAAAUGGAAUAUGUGUUAAAAAUUCAAUUUGGCUUCAAAAUAUGGUUAAAGCAAAAGAACCUAACAGUUCUAAAGUCUUUCAAGCUGUUGCUAUGAUGUUUCCAAAAGUUGAAGAUAGUUUGUUGGUAAAAUUAGGACCCCAUUUGGAAAACACAUUUGCUAGGGUUUUAAAAUUAGCUGCUAGUAAUUAUACUGUUCAUUCCAAUAGCGUAACAAAAUCAUGGUGGAAAGUAUUUUCUUUGAAUCCUCCUUUGAGUCUAACUCAAAUAAUAUCCAAGCUAAAUACUAACUGGUAUAUAGUGGCUCCUAAAAAUUUAUAUAAUUUUCCUAAAUUUCAAUUAGUAUGGUUGGAAGAAUUUAUCAAAGACACUUCACAAUUAUCUACUAACAUGACUGAUUCAUCUACAGUUUAUAAUUUUUUGAAAUACUGUGCAGAAAUAAUAAAUGCUUUACCAUAUGAGUAUUUUAAUAUCACAGAUGUAUUAUUAAAUGACUUAAUGGUAGCUCGUAAAAUACUAAAACAAAAAAUUAUUGGUUCUUUAACUGAAGAAGAAUCAUUGUCACUAAGUUUGUCAAAGUUAGAAGUAUCUAAGGAAAAAAUGAAUGUUGAAAAUAUAUUUGACGAAAUUUUAUUAGGCAUUGAUAGAUAUUGUUCUCAUGUUUAUCAGGCCAAUGGACUCGCUCGUAGUUCAAUGGAAAAGUCUAAAGAUAAUAUUAAUUCUUUGUUUCCUUUAAAACUAAUAUUAGAUUCACAAAUCAAUGAUUUUCGUUAUAAAGUGACAUCUAUUGUUGAAAUUAUGUUAAAAAUCCAUGAUUUAGAUUCAGAAAGUAUAUUAAAUGGCAAUGAUACUAUUGAUGAAUUUUAUAAAUCAAUAGUUGAAUUUAAUAAGAACUUUUGUAAAUUAAGCAAAGAAAGUAUUGUAGACUUUUGUUUAAUGAAAGAAAAAAAUUCUUUUAUUUAUGUACUAGUUUCAUUUCAAAAUCAUUUAUCAUCUAUUAACAAUAUUUUAAAUAGUAAAUUAUGUAAAGAAAAUGUGUAUGAAAAUAAAUAACUACCUUUAAGUCUAAUAAGAAGUAUGUCUCUUAAGUAGUGAUUAAGCAUAAAGAGGUAAAUUUAAAAAUAUUUUUCACUUGUUAUAAAUUAUAAAAUUAUGUUGUUUUUUUUUACUUUUAAACAAUUUAAAAUAUGUUACUGUAACCAAUUUUUUAAAUUUAAAUAUUCUAAAAGUUAUCUACAACUUGUGUUUAUUAUUUUAACUAUUGGCGCUUUUGU